AUGGGGUGUUGCCUCCUCCGCCGCCGGGCCGUAUUAUUGUCCGCGGUGGUUUAUUCGUAGACAUGAUGAAAAGAGCCACGCAAACGAAGCAGUUCGCGGAGUUGGAUCACGCGGUGAGAACAAAGGUUGAGCCUUACUUGUAUAAUAAAGGAAAGGGCAAGUGGAUACCAAUAGAGAAACUGGUUCUCCUACGAAAUAAAGAUCGCCCGCGACACAAAAUGCUGCCACAGUUAAAAGCCAUGGAAAAUCCGGCGGAUUACGACAUAGAUAAGGAUAUGGGUGACGAAGACGUUGACGAAACUAAAAUAGACAAAAGCAAGUACAGAUUGGUCUGCUGGAAUCUGAGCGAUAGAGGCGCUGUCGGUGAAACUAUCUUGCACUUAUGCAUGUUAAACGCCACAGCUCUCCACGCGGAUCUGGCGAAAAGAUUGCUACGCUUUUAUCCGAACCUUAUAAACGACAUUUACCUAAGCGACGAAUAUUACGGAGAAAACGUGUUGCAUAUCGCGAUCGUUAACGAGGAUCCGGCGAUGGUGAAAUACCUCCUCGACAGCGGUGCGGAUGUUCAUGAGAGAUGCUUCGGUAAUUUCAUGUGUCCGGAAGACCAGAAAGCGUCGAGAUAUGAUAGUGUGGACCACGAAUGGAUAUGCGUCGCACCGGAGACUGAUUACAACGGAUACGUAUAUUGGGGCGAGUAUCCGUUGAGCUUCGCCGCGUGUCUGGGACAAGAAGAGUGCUACAGGCUUAUGCUCGCCAGAGGCGCGGAUCCUGACAAGCAGGACACGAAUGGCAACACGGUUUUGCAUAUGCUAGUUAUAUACGAGAAAAUGGCUGCAUUCGACAUGGCGUACGAAGUGGGAUCCUCGCUGGCCAUAAGAAAUGUCCAACAUUUGACUCCGCUGACUUUGGCAGCAAAGCUGGCUAGGGUCGAGAUGUUCUUUCACAUUCUCAACAUCGAGAGAGAGAUAUACUGGCAGAUCGGUAGUAUAACUUGUGCAGCUUAUCCGUUGUCCCAAAUAGACACGAUCGACAAUACCACGGGGGCCAUCAACAAAAACUCCGCCUUAAACUUGGUUGUUUUUGGGGACAAAGAUGAGCAUUUAGAGCUGUUGGAAGGUACGUUGGUCGAUCUCUUGAACGCAAAGUGGAACACUUUCGUUAAGUUUCGAUUCUACCGUCAAUUCUUCCUCUUCUGCUUCUACUUCGUGCUGUCGCUGAUUAGCUUCACCCUUCGCCCUGGCCCGUUGACACAGGAGACCGAAAACGUAAAUGACACGAAGACGAAUUCAACGAACAUAACGUCGGUAGAAUUGGCAAUUCUCAAAUCUUUUCAAAGUUCCGACCUGUCGGACUUGGUUACGAAUAGCUUCGCCGCGGCUUUUACCUCGAACUUCAAGUCAUCAUUAAACGUGACACAGGAGUCUCUAGAAAAGAUCCAACUGCAAGUGACGUCAAACAUAACGUCGGCCCUGAAAAGCAUUUUUCUUUUAUCGCUGAGCGACAACGAGGCCAUCCUGAGUGCCCCUGACGAGGCCACCAUUCGUGCACUGUGGUAUACUAGUAAACCUAACAAUGAGUCGGACUACUUGACGUAUGCAUACAACGAAAGUGUUAUGGACGAUGCGAACUCGACCGAGGAGACAAUUAUCAGCACCGUCGAAUUAUCAAAAUCCAACGAUGACGACUGGUGGGACGAUCUUACGGAGGAGUGCAGGCUGAUGCAACUGACAACGAUAAACGCGAAGAUUCGCCUGACUGCGGAAGUGGUGAUGGAGGUUGGCGCGGUGCUUUAUAUUCUAGCUGCGCUGCGGGAGGCGAGAUUCUUAGGUCUCAACAUGUUCAUCGAGAAUCUAAUGACGGCGCCGUCGCGCGUCAUGUUUCUCUUCUCGUGCUGCAUCUUGCUCUCGUUUCCGUUUCUGAGAUUAGCCUGCGCUGACGAAGUCGAAGACAUGCUGGCGGUCGUGGUGAUGCUGACGACGGCGCCGUACUUUUUGUUCUUCUGCAGGGGCUUCAAAACGGUCGGGCCCUUCGUCGUGAUGAUUUACAGGAUGAUCACGGGCGAUCUCCUCCGUUUCGUCUCCAUUUACCUCGUCUUCGUCAUGGGCUUCUCUCAAGCAUAUUACAUCAUAUUCCUGUCGUUCGACAACCCGAAUACCCCGGAAGGCGUUGACGAUUCGGUGUCGAACCCGAUGCCAUCGCCGAUGGAGAGCGUGAUGGCGAUGUUCCUGAUGAGCAUGACGAACUUCGGCGAUUAUUACGGCGCGUUCGAGAGCACCGAGCACGAGUUCGAGGCUAAGCUGCUGUUCGUGUUAUAUAUGGCGAUCGUGGCGAUCCUGCUCGUAAACAUGCUAAUUGCUAUGAUGGGCAACACUUACCAGAAGAUCGCCGAGACCAGAAAUGAAUGGCAAAGACAAUGGGCGCGUAUAGUUCUGGUCGUGGAGAGAGGAGUCAGCCCCGCCGAGAGGCUGAAGAAGCUGAUGGACUACUCUCAACCUAUGUCCGGCGAUCGUCGAGCGUUGGUCUUACGGCUGAAUCAAAGUGAGGAAGACAAGGAGGAAAUGAAGGAGAUACUCGAGAUGAAGAGAACCCACGACAGACUGCUGAAGAAAAGGCAAGCAAAAAUGUCGAAGGAGAAGGUUCUAGCCGAAACGGAAGCUGUUAUUACCAGAAAUUAAAUAAUCAAUAAACAUUUGCCAACAUUGAUGCGCGUUUGUGUUACUUUAUUUCUACAAAAAGUUGUUUUUUACGUGUUCACUCUUCGACUGUCAAAUGCCGAAAUUGGAUAAUUCUGUACGAGUCGCCGAUAGAUAAAAAAAAUUCCGAUAAAACGGAGAAUAAAAACAUUUCCGAUCGAUAAAGCAUCGAGCCAAUACUAGAGUUUCCAUAG